UUACUGGUGAAAAACGCAAACCAGUGAGAAGAUGCCUCCAUGCACUGUUCUGAGGGUUUACCACAUUUUGCUGUUGGCAUUGUGCAUUUUUGCUAGUGAAGACUUUGACUGGACCAGAAAUGAAAAGGGCACAUUUACCUAUGGCACAUUUCCUUCAGGAUUCUCUUGGGGUGCUGGGAGCUCAGCAUAUCAAACAGAAGGAGCAUGGGAUAAAGAUGGAAAAGGAAAGAGCAUCUGGGAUGUGUUCUCUCAUAAAAAAGGAAAGAUUCACCUAAAUGAUACUGGAGACUCAUCAUGUGAAGGCUACAGCAAAUUUAAGGAUGACAUCACACUGAUGAAAGAUAUGAAGCUGAACCAUUAUCUUUUUUCCAUCUCCUGGCCAAGGAUUCUGCCCAGUGGCAUUAAGAAUGAAUACAUCAAUGAGAAAGGAAUAAAGCAUUAUGAUAACCUGAUUAAUAUGCUACUAGAGAACAGAAUCACACCAAUUGUGACUCUCUACCACUGGGACUUACCUCAGGUUCUGGAAGAGAAAUAUGGAGGUUGGCAAAAUGCAAGUAUGGCCAACUACUUCAGUGAUUUUGCCAACCUGUGCUUUGAGAGGUUUGGCAACCGAGUCAAAUACUGGAUCACCUUCAACAAUCCUUGGUCUGUUGCAGUGGAAGGUUAUGAGACUGGAGAACAUGCUCCUGGUUUUAAGAUGAGGGGUACUGGUGCCUAUAAUGCUGCCCACAACAUUCUCAAGGCUCAUGCUAUGGUCUGGCACACAUACGAUGCCCAAUGGCGAAACAAGCAAAAAGGCAUGGUGGGCAUCUCCCUGUCGGCUGACUGGGGAGAACCAGUGGAUGUGACCAAUCAACGUGAUAUAGAAGCCGCUGAAAGAUACGUCCAGUUCUACCUGGGCUGGUUUGCCACGCCACUCUUUAAUGGAGACUAUCCUCAAAUAAUGAAAGACUACGUAGGCAAAAAGAAUGCCCAGCAAGGUCUGAGUAGCUCUCGUCUGCCUACUUUCAGCCCUCAGGAGAAAAGUUAUAUGAGAGGCACCUGUGACUUCCUGGGCAUCAGCCACUUCACCACUCGCUACAUCACACAAAAGAAUUUUCCCUCUAACAGUGGAAACAGCUACUUCACUGACCGCGACCUCGCUGAGCUAGUGGACCCACGCUGGCCUGACCCCGGAUCAGAGUGGCUCUACUCUGUGCCAUGGGGCUUCCGCCGUCUGCUGAAUUUUGUGAAGACACAGUAUGGAGACCCCAUGAUAUACGUAACAGGAAAUGGAGUAUCAGAGAAGAUGAUGUGCACAGAUCUCUGUGAUGACUGGAGAAUGCAGUACUUCAGGGAUUACAUCAAUGAAAUGCUUAAAGCGGUUAAAGAUGGCGUGAAUGUGAAGGGAUACACGGCUUGGUCACUGCUUGACAAAUUUGAAUGGGAUGAGGGCUACUCUGAAAGAUUUGGCAUGUAUUACGUGGACUUUGGUAGCAAAAAUAAACCCCGCUACCCUAAAGCAUCCGUUCAGUACUACAAACGCAUCAUCAGCUCUAACGGUUUCCCCAACCAAAGAGAGAUUGAAAGCUGGAAAAGAAAAGCAAUGGAAACAUGCACCUCAAGUAACCAGCUCCUUGCGGCAGAUCCAUUAAUCAGCCACAUGGAGAUGGUCACAGAGAUUGUCGUCCCCACUGUGUGCACACUCUGCAUUCUGCUCAGUGCAGUUUUCCUCAUGUUUCUGCUGAGAACACGAAUAUAAAACAAACAUUUACACAUCUAUAUUAUUUAUUUACAUUAUAACACAAUUUAUUCAGUUAUUUACUACAUGAUAUGCAGAGAUGUGUUCUCAUGACAUUUCAAAUAAAAUGGUCCAUAAAUGUAUCUGUGAAUUGUUGGACCAUGUAAGCCUUUCCGACGCAAAUGUCUCAAGAGGACAAACUAAUGUUUGGUUAAAGAUUUUUUUGUAACUUUAAAAGCAAUAAGCAAUUUGCUAACGUAUUAGCAAAAACGAUUGUAAAAAAGACACUAAAAAGUAAACAUGUUUGUAAAACCUCUCAAAGUUUUGGGGUAAUAAAAUCAUCCACAAUCUACAAAGAUACAUUGCGUUCAGGAACAACGUGUUUGAGACCUGUGCUUUUAAUAAAGUUUGAAACUCU